AUGGGAAGCCAAAGCAAAAUUAACCUCACCAAACCACAUUACAACAUCUCUAUGUCAAAAAGAACAAGAAAAUCCCAUCUAAACCUCAAAAUUGAGCCCAGAGAGUGCUUUGAGGAGAAUAAUAAUGGUUUUGAGAAGAAUAUCAUCGAUAAAGAUUGCUUUUUGAAAAAUGUUACCCAACAAGAGAAAAUCAGCUUGAAGCAACUCAUCGAAGGACGAUGCACGCUUGCUCAACACUUCAGAGACGACGGAGAAAAUCAGAUGGUGACUGGAAAAUAUUCAGAUGCAGAUGGAUUUCAAGAAAAUAAGUCGAAAAAGAUCACGAGAAAACAUGUUCGAUUAUUGAGCCGUUUGGUUAAGGUAACUCAAGAAGGCUAUUUUGGGUCAUGGAGAAAAGCUGCACCACUAUCUCUUAAACUUACUAAGCACAAAUGA